GCAAACCUCAAACCUCCGAGGGCCUCGCAACUGCCCACUUCUACAACAAAAUGGCACCCGCAACACAGGCCGUCCAGACUUUCGGCAAAAAGAAGACCGCAACGGCUGUCGCGCAUGCCAAGGAGGGCCGUGGCCUCAUCCACAUCAACGGCUCGCCCAUCUCUCUCCUCAAGCCCGAGAUCUUGCGCUUCAAGGUCUACGAGCCCGUCCUCGUCGCGGGUGAGGACGCUUUCUCUGCGAUUGACAUCCGCCUCCGUGUGAAGGGUGGUGGACACACCUCGCAAGUCUACGCCAUCCGUCAGGCGAUCGCGAAGGCAGUUGUUGCGUACUACGCCAAGUACUUCGACGCGGCGAGCGCGCUCGAGCUCAAGAAGAAGCUCGUUGCGUACGACAGGACGCUCCUCAUUGCCGACCCCAGGAGAGCAGAGCCGAAGAAGUUCGGUGGUCACGGUGCCCGUGCCCGCAGGCAGAAGUCCUACCGGUGAACGGUCUGGUUUGGUCGCUGUCUUCGUUGCAUUGUCAUGUUCUAUUAUCUCCUCCAUACGCUAUGCCAUGGCAACAUGCAGACUCUAUGACGGGCAUAUAUGUGCUGGUGCAAUCGAUAUCAACUGUACGAGUACGCACAAAUGUGUGACAGGGUGACGUCGUUC